CCAUCCCGAGCCAUGCUUUCUCCUCUCUGGUGUCCAGGCUUCCACCGCGGGGCACCGAAGCAAGCUCCCCGGUGAGGCGGGCACCAUCCGGACCUGACCGUGACCUUUUCUGCACAUCCUUCAGACGGAAGGCUGGGUGGGCAGGACCGCGGGACCCCCGUGGGCUUGGGCCCAGAGAGUCCCGGGGCAGUAGAGGAGGGGGUGAAGAGCAAAAUCCUCAAGACAUGGAGGAGGUGGUGGUCAUGGAGCCAGAAGUGGCCGAAAUGCCGGAGCCGGGAGGUCUGUGUCCCCAGGUGUCCCCCGUUUCCCAGGAGGAGAGUUCGGAAGAGGGCGAGGUGGCAGCCCUGCGCCUCACCGCCACAUCCCAGGCAACGGUGACAUUCAAGGACGUGGCCAUGGACUUCACGCCAGAAGAGUGGGGGAAGCUGGAUCCGGUGCAGAGGGCCGUGAUGCUGGAGAACUACCGGAACCUGGUCUCGCUGUGGCUUCCGAUUUCCAGGCCUGAGAGCUACAGCUUGGAGAAUGGAAGAGAAGUGCUGAAGCUGGAGAGGAAGGCCUCUGGGGGCAGCUGUCCAGACAUGGAGCCAAGAGCCAAGAGCAAGGAUUACGCUUCAGCGCAAGAUUUUUCCAAAGAAUCGUCCUGCCAGGUUGCGAUCAUUGAGAGACUGACGAAGAACAGUGGCUCAGAUGCAGAAUGUGAAAGUUGGUUAGAAAGUCAGCAAGAAAGUCAGGAGAGACACUUGAAAGAGGCGUUCCCUCACAUGAACACCUCACCUGAGGAAAGAGAUCUUGAACGUGAUGUUCCCUGGGAAAACUAUAGUCAAAAGUCCGUCCGUGCCACUCAAGACAGAGUGCUCAGAGGAACCUGUUCCUUCCAGACACUGGGAAAACGCUUGAAGCAGAAAUCAAACCUAGUGAAAAGGCAGAGAACUUACAACAAAGAGAAGAAGCCUCAUAAGUGUAACGACUGCGGUGAACUCUUCACUUACCAUUCAGUGCUUAUUCGACACCAGAGAGUCCAUACCGGAGAGAAACCCUAUUCCUGUGACGAAUGUGGGAAAUCUUUUAGCCACAGGGCGAACCUAACGAAGCAUCAGAGAACUCAUACUAGAAUGCUCUUCGGAUGCAACCAAUGCAAGAAGACUUUCACAGAAAGCGCAUCCCUUGCGAUCCACCAGAGAAUUCACAUUGGAGAGAGACCUUACGAAUGCAGUGAAUGUGGGAAAGGUUUCAAUCGAAGCACACAUCUUGUGCAGCAUCAGUUAAUUCAUACUGGAGUGAAGCCCUAUGAGUGCAAUGAAUGUGAUAAGGCCUUCAUUCACUCGUCAGCACUAAUUAAACAUCAAAGAACUCAUACUGGAGAGAAACCCUACAAAUGUCAGGAUUGCGGGAAAGCCUUUAGCCACUGCUCAUCCCUUACUAAGCACCAGAGGGUUCAUACUGGGGAAAAGCCGUAUGAAUGUAGUGAAUGUGGAAAAACAUUUAGUCAAAGUACACAUCUUGUCCAGCAUCAGAGAAUUCAUACUGGAGAGAAACCCUACGAGUGUAACGAAUGUGGGAAAACAUUCAGUCGGAGUUCAAAUUUUGCUAAACAUCAAAGAAUUCAUAUUGGAAAGAAACCCUACAAAUGUGGUGAGUGUGGGAAAGCCUUCAUUCAUUCGUCAGCUCUUAUUCAACACCAGAGAACUCAUACUGGAGAGAAGCCCUUUAGAUGUAAUGAAUGUGGGAAAAGCUUUAAGUGCAGUUCAUCCCUCAUCAGACAUCAAAGGAUUCACGUUGAAAAUCAACCCUGAAAAAUUACUGAGUAUGAAGUAAAGUAAGUUGGGUUUAUCACUGUAUGAGGUACCUGAGUGUUUAAAUGGAAACUUAUUGUAUGCCUUGAGACCCAAUUAUAUAAGCAUCUAAUUUCAUUUGCAUAAUAUGUAGUUGUUGAGCCACAAACAGGCUGGUGCUUACAUCUGUUGAUUUGAUAAUUAUUAAAACUUCCAUCCAGGGAUCUCAGAAUUUUAAGUCUCAAUCUCCCAAAUACUCAUUCACUAAAAUUCAUACAGUCCCAGAGAGGGUGGCCAUAUACACUGGGAAGUUGCUUCCCCAUCUCCUGAUCUUGUUAGAGACCUAUUGUAGCCCCUCAGCUUGCAAAAGGAAUUGUUACUUGGUAGGUUAGCUUGAUGGCUCAUAAUAUACCCUUCUCGUGAGGAGGACACAGAGUUGCUCGUCUCUGAGUCAUCAGACAUAUACAUGACAUCAGCUCUCCAGAGAAUGUAAAACUACCACUUACUGUGAUGAGCGUAACCAGGCUGUAUUUAGUUGUCGUCAGAGGAAUGAUGUUACUCGCAGAGUUGUGGUAUUUGUUACCCCUGUUCUGUGGAGCCCUACCUAAGUUUCCCUUU